CGCCCAGCAUGGAAAAAGCGUCCGAUUCUCUCGGUUCGGCUCCCACUCCGAUUCGAAGCACGCAAUCCGCGACCACCGCUUCCAUGGAACCAAAGACAAAUGGCUCUAGAAGGAGUGACGCCACAUUCGAUUCACGUCCACACACGGAGGAGCACACCCACAAUGCGGCGUAUGUGAGAGACGCUAUAAUUGGAUUUGCGGAUGGCUUGACAGUGCCUUUCGCACUGACGGCUGGACUAAGCAGCAUCGGAUCCUCCCGCCUUGUCAUCAUAGGUGGACUAGCCGAGCUCUUCGCAGGCUCCAUCUCCAUGGGCCUAGGCGCAUACCUAGCCGCCCUCACCGACGCAAACCACUACCUCGCGGAGGAAAUGCGCGAGCGGCGCGAAGUUCAGGACUGCCCCGCGACCGAGGAAGAAGAAAUCUACGAGAUCUUCGACGAAUUCGGCAUGGAGAGGCACGCGGUGCGGCCGCUGGUGGAGGGCUUGAAAGCAGACAAGGACGCAUGGGUGCACUUCAUGAUGAAGUUCGAGCUGGGGCUUGAGCGCCCGCGCACCUCGCGCUCGUACCUCAGCGCCCUGGUCAUGGGAUUGAGCUACUUCGUUGGCGGACUCGUGCCGAUGGUUCCGUAUUUCGCUAUUAAGAACGUUACGCAUGCGCUGUUUGUUUCGAUUGGUAUCACGGUGGUUAUGCUGUUGGCUUUUGGCGCUGUUAAGGCUAUCAUGACGGGUAUAGAUCGCAAGGGGGCGAUGUGGAGUGCUCUGCAGACUCUGGCUGUUGGCGUUGUUGCGGCGGGGGCGAGCUAUGGCAUUGUGAGGGGCAUUGAGAGUUUGCAUCCUGUUGGUGUCGAGAGUGGUAGUAGUUAG